AGAAGGAGGAGGCCAUGUCAUGAGAAAGAGUGGGUGAGCGAGAGAAUGAAAGACUGAAACAGAGUUCAGACAAUUGGAUGAGGAAGUACUGAGAGCAUGUACAUGGGUGUGGUUGGUUAGCCGUUAGCCCAUCAGCCUUUCCGAAGUGACAUACAGAGGAGAGCGGCGUGGAUGAUGAGGCUGUGGAUGAACCUCGGCACUCGGGGAGCUCGCAGGAUGGAUACUAAGAUUUAUUUGACCUCUUUGACCUUCUUCCUGCUUGUCAUGUUAAAAGUGUCAAGGGCUCAGACUCCCACAACCGUGGAUCAAAUGGAGUCUGUGAGCAACAAUAUUGCAAGCUUAACAACAAUGCCCGCUGCUUCGACUCCCACUGGAAAAGGAGCGGUGAGCAGAGUCACCAGAGAUGCUGACUCCUCCCCAGAAACUCCCCCUGCAAAACGAACCACAAGCCAGCACAUUAGCGGCACCAGCAAACCAGUCAAUGUCAACACCACCAGAUCAGAUAAGAAUUCAACAGCUCCCAUUGAGGGAACAACAACACUGCAAAAAAAGGUCACACCACCUCCAGUGACAUCUUCCCCAUCCGUAACUAAGAGAACUACCAAAACUGGGACCCAUCAAUAUGUUGCCUGGGACUCGGAGUGGGAUGAAGAUUUCACCUAUGAUUAUAAAUCCCUGCGCUAUGCUGGACUGUCCAUUGCAGCAGUACUUUUCAUCGUGGGCAUCAUGAUCAUUGGCUGUGGCAGGGUCUGUCGCCUACCCAGCUGUCACAAGAGGUCAUCUAAAUCAUAUCGAGUAGCCCAAGGCUAAAGAGAGCAUGUGUACAUUGAUACAAGCGCAGAGCUAAGAAACCAACCAGGACUUCAUCACGGGGAAAAAACAUGUGCGUGUGAAUGUGGAUUGACUGACUGUACGCUGCUUGGUAACAGUGACAAAGAAAAACACUCAAUAAACAUAAAUGAUUCAUGUUGAAGAAAAAAAAGUGACAUUCGCUUAAUCUUUGUCAAAUGUAAUUUCUAUACUUGGAAAACUGCACUAAAAAAGUAAAGUGAUUAUUUAUCUUGGCAAA